AACCUAUUUUUAUUUAUUUUCCUUUUUUAAUACAUUUUUCAUCUGUGGUUUGGUUAAAAACAUCUAAAAAUGUACGAUUUAAAUCAGAAAACCAUAUUUGUACUGGAUCACACACAAUACUUUAGUAUUUCAAGUGAAGAUUACAUACCUUUAGACUUCCUGAAAGGUAAGACCGGUGCAGCAGAUCCUCCAAUGACGUCUUCAGCCGCCGGCAGUUCAACUGGUCUACAAUUCAGCAAAAGUCUGUGGACUUGUUCCGUUGAAUCGUCCAUAGAAUAUUGUCGCAUUGUUUGGGAUCUGUUUCCGCGCGGCAAGUUAAUACGUUUCAUAGUGAGUGAUACGGCGGCACACAUAGUGAAUACCUGGAAAUUUGCCACACAAAAUAUGUCACAUGUUUUAAAUGCAAUGGCCUUGGUGGGUGUGCCACCACGUAAUACACCCCAAUCGUCGGACUAUUCGGUCAUACAUGGCCUAAGGGCGGCCAUUGAAGCACUGGCCGAGCCCACAGAACAUCAAGUGAAUCUAAUGCAGGCGCAGGAUAACUCGAAUAUAACCAAUGAAAAAAUACCCAAUAAAGGUAGAGUGAUUUGCAUAACAUCGGCUCGCGAUAAUCCCAGUAUGAAGAGUUUAGAGGACAUUUUCCACAAUGUAUUAAUGCAGCAGAACACAUUAGCCAUGACCCAGAAGAAGCUGCUCAAUAUAGAUCAUUGUCAUUUGGUUAUAAUAAAUAUGGUGCCAAUGAAUACAGAUAGUUUGGUAACGAACCGCAGCAAAAUUGAGCUAUCCUCAUGUUUAUCCACUGAAAUACAUACAACUAGUGCACCGGAAAUAUCCAACAAAUUGACACAUCUUAUAAUGAGCCAUUAUGAUUUGGCCAGUACUACUGUAACGGGGAUACCCAUGAAAGAAGAACAAAAUGCCAAUUCUAGUGCCAAUUACGAUGUAGAAAUUCUACAUGCUCGCAAUGCUCAUACGGCUAUAUGUGGCAAUGAGGCGUUAUUGCCUACCAGCAUUAAAGAGGGAGCCGAAUAUGAAACGGUUACCUUGAAAUGGUGUACACCAAGGGGCUGUGGUGCUUCCGAUAUGUCUGCUUGUCCACCUUGUUUAGCCCAACAUCGUGUUACACCGGUAGAUGUCACCUCACGUCCUAGUUCUUGUUUAAUUAAUUUUCUAUUAAAUGGCCGUUCGGUUUUAUUGGAGAUGCCAAGAAAAGCUGGCGGUAAAACUACUAGUCAUUUAUUGUCCGCUCGGGGCGGUGAAAUUUUCAUACAUGCUCUGCAAAUCACCCGUUCUUGUCUUGAAGAUCCACCCUCCAUAUCUGAGGGACCUGGUGGCCGCGUUGCUGACUAUCGUAUAACAGAUUUUGCAGCUUUCAUUAAGGCACAUCGCUUCCUGCCGCUUAAGUCCAAAACGAAAGCGGAAGAAAAUCUACGAAAAGCUAGAGAACGCUUAUACACGCGAACGUUCUAUUAUCCCUUAACUUUAAGCACUACCAUGGUUUUCAAUUUACAGCGCAACGUGCAAUGGUUGAUAAAUUUUCUCCGGAAAUUAAUCAAAGAAGAUAUGGACAAGGCAGAUGAAAUACAAUGUCAACAGAAUAUAUAUGAACUGUAUACGGCAUCGACGAGAAAGGAAUUGUUGCCAUUUCAAAAUUUAAGCGCAAAUCGUUUGAAAGGUCACAAGAAAAUCGAUCAAUACAAACUGUUGUGUGCCGAAUUAGAGAUUCUAAUCAAGGGUUAUGCCACAACACCUUAUCAUAAGGUUAUUCUGGAGAGUAUACAAAACGUAAGAGCGUCCUGUGGUGAUGCUACCAUCAAAUCAGAAACAGAUUUAGCACGUGAUGCUGCUGGUAAAGCAAUUAUAAGAGCUACUACUGAUUCACCUUUAUCGCCACCCCAUUCCAUGGACACUAGCAGUUCGGGCAGUACACAAUUGUUAAAGGCUAGCAAACGUAAUUUUAGCAAUGUGGGUCAACGUUCACUAUUUGAUAUAGUGGCCAGUACGGAACGUUCGCAAUCGAAUAAGCGUGCAGAUUUUUCGGGACGUUUAUGCACGCCCAUGGGUCAGCUGGCAAAACUUUAUCCUGAUUUUGGCUCUAAAGAAAAAGAGACUGGUUCUGUUAAUGCCACACCCAUUAAAGAUGAAAAUUUAGCCAUAAAAUUAGAGGUUCCCGGUACCAUACGUAACUAGAACUUUAAAAACUUGUUUAUAUUAUGAAAAACUACAUUUAAAUACAUUAAGAUAACACUUUCAAAUCACAAUAAACAAAAUUAGUAUUUCAAAACAUAAAAA